GUCAGUCUAUAACACGGCUGUAGCUGUUAGCUGUGUAUAAUAGAUAGCAGUAGCUACAUAGAGACGGAACAGAAGUUUACUGACAUUAAGUCAUGUCUGUGGCAGCUUUAUAUCCUGUUUUGGGCUUGAGAUCUGUUUCUAGACUGCAGAGGAUACGAGCACACAUGAUGAGCAGUACAGCGAGCUCCGAGGUCGUGUUGGACAAAGUAGGGAAUUCCGGAGUGAUCACUCUGAACAGACCGAAAGCCCUCAACGCUCUCAACCUCUCCAUGAUCCGACUGCUGUAUCCCCAGCUGAAGAAAUGGGAGAAUGAUCCAGAGACAGAUCUUGUAAUUAUUAAAGGUGCUGGAGAUAAAGCAUUCUGCGCUGGAGGAGACAUCAGAGCUGUUACAGAAGCCGGUAAAGUGGGAGAUUCUUUAGCACAGGACUUCUUUCGUGAAGAAUACAUUUUAAACAACACUAUAGGGACUUACAGGAAGCCCUAUGUGGCCCUCAUUGAUGGAAUUACAAUGGGAGGUGGUGUCGGGCUGUCGGUCCAUGGACGCUUUCGUGUGGCCACGGAGAAGACGCUGUUCGCCAUGCCAGAGACGGCCAUCGGAUUAUUUCCCGAUGUCGGUGGUGGCUACUUCCUGCCGAGGCUCCAGGGAAAGCUAGGACUCUUCCUAGCCCUGACAGGGUUUCGGCUCAAGGGUCGAGACGUGCAGAGGUCAGGAGUCGCCACACACUUUGUCCAGUCAGAAAAGCUCUCGGCUCUGGAGAAGGAUCUGUCGUGUCUGAAGUCUCCCUCGGCCGGUGACGUGGCCGCGGUCCUCGACACUUAUCAGGAGCAGAGCGCGCUGGACUCCGAGAAGCCGUUUGUCCUGCAGCAGCAUACGGACGCCAUUAACAGGCUGUUUGACUGCAGCAAUGUGGAGGAGAUCCUGGAAAAGCUGCAGAAGGAUCAAUCUGCAUUUGCACAGAAGCAGGCAGAGACUUUGUCGAAGAUGUCGCCAACAUCACUGAAGCUCACCUUCAGACAGCUGCAGGCAGGAGCCGGUCUGAGCCUCCAGGAAGUGCUGGUGAUGGAGUACAGACUCAGUCAGGCCUGUAUGAGAGGACACGAUUUCUACGAAGGCGUGAGAGCUGUGUUAAUUGAUAAAGAUCAGAGGCCUAAGUGGAAACCGGCGACUCUGGCUGAGGUCUCGGAGCAGUGUGUGGAGGACAGCUUCGCUUCUCUGGGAGACAAAGAUCUCAAACUGUGAUCACUGCAAGCAGAAAUAUCUCCUCUGUAGAUGUGCAGCAUAGCAGGACCUUGACGUCUGUAUUCCGUAUGUUCUGUCUUUCUUUGUGAGACUAGAGCUUAGGAAUAACUCUGUAGGUAGAAACAAAACCUCUCCCUCUGAUCCGACGAUGUGUUGCUCAGACAGGAAAAUUGUGCAUCCAUUCACAAGAUUCAACAUUCACUGAUUAGGCUGUAAAAUUUCAGGUCUAACACAACUUCUCCACACCAGGCUGUGUUUUAUAUCCUCCAAACAAAUCCUCUGUGCCUCAGCUCCUUACGAAACGUUUAUUUAUUACACAACUUACAGUUUUGACCAAAUGCGUUCAUUUUGACUAUCAAUCAUUCUGUUUGCAUCAUUUCUCAAAUCAUUAAACAACGUAAUAUCUUCA